AUGGAACAAAAAGAGGAGGCUCCAAAAUUAGAGGGAAAAUUAGAAGGAGGAGGGAAUGUACAAAGAGAGGGGGGUAAGGAUUCCGAAUGGGAUGCCGAGGAGCUCCCACCAGAAGAGCAGGCUGAAUUAGACGAUGCAGCUGCUCAUUACAAUCAUGAUGAUAAUCUCUAUCCAGCUAUGACUAAUACAACUAAGGAAGUAACUCCAGAGAUUGUCAGGCAACUGACUCGGUUGGUGCAAUCAUUACAAACUUCUGAACAAAAGCCAACUUUCCCUUCUGCNGGUUCUAUGUUAAGAACAAGAGGAGCAAAGGUUUCUGAAGAACGUAUUUUAAAGUUUUUAAAACUCAUAGAGACAGUCUGUCCUUGGUUUCCUAAAGAAGGUACAGUUAAUGUAAAGACAUGGAAAAAGGUAGGGGAAAAAUUACGAGACUGGCAUCAUGCACAUGGGCCAGAAAAGGUGCCCAUGGAUACAUUAUCUCUCUGGAGCCUAGUAUGUGAUUCCCUUGAUCCUAGUCAUGAGUUUGAAUGUAAAACAGGGAGUAUGGAACAAAAAGAGGAGGCUCCAAAAUUAGAGGGAAAAUUAGAAGGAGGAGGGAAUGUACAAAGAGAGGGGGGUAAGGAUUCCGAAUGGGAUGCCGAGGAGCUCCCACCAGAAGAGCAGGCUGAAUUAGACGAUGCAGCUGCUCAUUACAAUCAUGAUGAUAAUCUCUAUCCAGCUAUGACUAAUACAACUAAGGAAGUAACUCCAGAGAUUGUCAGGCAACUGACUCGGUUGGUGCAAUCAUUACAAACUUCUGAACAAAAGCCAACUUUCCCUUCUGCUUCACCUGCCUCUCCAUGGAAAAGAGAUUAUCAAGAUAAUUCUAAAUUGAAUAAUUGUAACAGGGAAAAUAAUCUAAAUUAUCCAUGUAUAGAAAAACAGAUCAAGGAUACCCUAUCUCCACUGCAAAGAACGCUCUUGAAAGCACAAGAGAGUGGAGAGGAGGUGUGGAAUUCUGGGUUUGCCGUCUUUCCAGUCUCUGAGCAGCCAAACCCUAAUAAUCAUAAUCAGGUGCAAAGAUAUUACACCCCUGUGUCAUUCAAAAUGUUAAAGGAGCUAAAACAGGCUACAGCUCAAUAUGGGCCCACUGCUCCGUAUACUUUGACCAUCCUAGAAAACAUUGCUACUGACGCUUUAACUCCUAAUGACUGGAGAUCUCUAGCUAAAGCAUGUUUAACAGGAGGAGAAUAUUUAUUAUGGAAAUCAAAAUUUUAUGAUCAUUGUCAUGAGGCUGCAAACAGAAACAGGGCAAACAAUAUUCCUAUAACUUAUGAGAUGUUAAUAGGAGAGGGGCCUCACUUAACCAAUGAUGCACAAGCAAUCUACCCUCCGGAGGCUUAUCAUACAAUUAAUGCACUGGCCUCUAAGGCCUGGCGUACAUUGCCUACACCUGGCAGAAAAUCAAAAGAACUAGCCAAAAUAAAGCAGGGACCUGAGGAGCCUUACCAAGAUUUUGUUUCCAGAUUGCUUCAGGCAGUUCGCUUAGUGCCUGACGGAGAGGCAAGAAAGUUGCUGGUCACACAGUUGGCUUAUGAGAAUGCAAAUUCAGCAUGUCAAUCUGCUAUUGGACCUUGGGAAAAAAAGGGUUCACUAUCUGAUUAUGAACGUCUCUGUGCCGAUAUUGGAGCAUCAUAUAUACAAGGGUUGACAUUAGCCGCAGCACUGCAAGGAACAACUCUUCAAGGAGUGAUGGAACAGCAACAGAGAAAUAAAGGAAAAAGAAGAGGUAAUUGCUACAGUUGUGGCAAGUCAGGGCAUUUCAGUAAGGAAUGUAAAAAUAGGAAUAAUAGCAAUGAACAAGUAAAACAACCAGGAUUGUGCCCAAAAUGUAAAAGAGGAAAGCAUUGGGCUAAUAUGUGCAGGUCAAAAAUUGACACAGAUGGCAAACCCUUACAGCGAUCGGGAAACUACAAGAGGGGGCAGCCUCGACCCCCUCAAACAAUCGGGGCCAUGUCAGUCUACCCACCCCAGGAUUGCCAGGGACCAAACAGGGAAUACAGGACCUAUAUAGAGCCACGCCAGGAAGCGCAGGACUGGACCUCGGUCCCACCACCUGCUACGUGUUAA